GCAACGAAACGCAGCCGUACCAUCAGCCAAGAAGAAAAAACGAGUAAGAAGAACAAUUUAUUAAUUGAUUUAUUCCUACCUAUUCUAUUUCUUUAGUUAGGUAAUAACCAUUUUCAGAGUAGAAAAAGUCUUGAAGAAAAAUCACGUAGCAGCCAAGAAAGGAAGAUUAUUAUUUAUUUAUUAUUUAUUUAAAAGCUUUUCCUUACAAAUAAUGAUGGUAACGGAUGAGUAGAUGACGUGACUAUAACGCUCUUAACCAAACGCCACAGUAUCGGGAGAGACAGAGAGAGGGAGAGAGAGAGGAGGGAGGGAGAGACAGAAGAGAGAGAAGGGAUGAAUCAAUGGCUAUUCAAGUCGUUGCUCAUUCCUGCAAAGAAGAACAGGGGAGUGGGUCUGUAGUCUCUACCCUCUAGUUUCUACGGAACCGAACCAACUCUCCACUCUUUGGUAGAAACCGUUGGGAAGACCUGUUUCCAACUGUUGCUUAACGCCACAGUCUCUCUCUACUCGUUUGUUUUUAUGGAUUUUUAAAACCCACUUAGUUUUUUGAUUUCUCUCGGAAACCCAUCUUUCUCUUUGUCCUUCUUGUUGUGAAGAAGAAGAAGAGAGGCGAUGGAGUCAGGGAGUGAGUUUUCCGGUAAUGAUUCCGGUGUAAAUUCCAUCGGAGUUCCUGUUAUCGUAAAGCAGAUUUUAGAGUUCAUCCAAUCGGACGACCCAAAUUUAAAAAUUCAAGCUGCGAGAGAAAUCAGACGGCUCACGAAGACUUCUGAGAAGCACCGUCCUUACUUCUCUGGGGCAAUCGAGCGUCUCGUUGCCAUGCUCAGAUCUGACUCCCCGGACUGUUACGAAGCUGCCCUUCUUGCCCUCCUUAAUCUUGCCGUUAAGGAUGAGACGAAUAAGAUUGCGAUUGUGGAUGCUGGGGCCCUUCAACCUCUCAUCUCUUUCCUGAAAUCAAAUGAUUUAAAUUUGCGGGAAUAUGCCACUGCUGCUCUACUAACCCUUUCUGCUUCUGCCAUCAACAAGCCAAAAAUCAGUGCCUCUGGUGCUAUCCCUCUCCUUGUUGAAAUCCUUAGAGAUGCAAGCCCACAAGCAAAGGUAGAAGCAUUGAUGGCACUAUACAAUCUCUCCACCCACCCAGAGAAUCUCAGCAUCAUUCUUGCAGCAAAAGCCAUCUCUCCCCUUGUUAACUUGCUUAAGAGUUGCAAGAAAUCUUCAAAAACAACCGAGAAGUGUAGUGCACUCAUAGAAUCUUUGUUAAGUCAUGACGAGGGGAGAACUGCAUUGACAUCUGAAGAAGGUGGAGUGCUUGCAGUGGUUGAAGUACUGGAGAGUGGUUCUCUACAAAGCCGAGAGUAUGCAGUUGGUGCACUUCUGACAAUGUGUAAAAGCGAUCGAUGUAGGUAUAGAGAAGUAAUUCUUAGGGAAGGUGUCAUUCCCGGUCUUCUUGAGCUCACAGUUCAGGGGACACCAAAAUCUCAGUCAAAAGCACAGACCCUAUUGGAGUUACUCAGGGAUUCCCCCCACGGCAGGGAUGAAUUUGAAGCUGACACACUGGAGAACAUUGUCUGCAAUAUUGUCUCUCAGAUUGAUGGUGAAGACCGAGGUGGAAAAGCACAGAAGAUGCUAGCUGAGAUGGUGCAAGUAAGCAUGGAACAGAGCUUAAGACAUUUAGAGCAGAGGGCUUUAGUGGGCACCCCAAACAAUCGGCGUCUCUCUAGUCGUACCUCCAAAGUUUCUUCAAAAUGAUUGCUUUGGUAGUCGCCUUUGUGCUUUCUCAUUGUGCUGGAGAUCAAAUUUUCCAUAGCGAAGAAAUAAGAUAGUUGAGGGGGCGAAAAAAAUGCCAGUCCAGGCCAGGAUGGUAUCUGGUGACUGGUAAUUGUCAAUACCUAAAGUGUAAGCAUGGUCGUUUUUCUUGGUUUGUAGAAUAAGAAAUGUUAUAUAAACUGUUUUUCAAUCUGUUAAAUGGUCUUUCUCCCUUUUUUC